AUUUAAUGUUUCAGCAGUCUACAGACACGAAGCCGACACGACAUAUCGUCUCGAAAACUCGAGAGAAAUCCUUUCCGAACUAAUUCCCACAUCCCCACUUUUGUCGAUCUUUCGCAGACUUUCGCGGAAUGGCCUUUGUAGCGCGUCGGAGCAGCGAUGGCACUGUGGUGGAUCGCCAGCAGGUGUCCAGUCGGGGCACCGUGCGUCCACUUUCCCAGUCGGACAUCAGUGACGAGGAUUCGGAGUCGGGCUAUACUAACCGCACCUAUGGGGCACCCACUGUGAGGUAUGUUGGCCAGGGUGACGAUCAGGACGCGGUGGAACCACAGCCGGAAACGAAGAGCCAAGCUGGAGAGGAUUUCGGGGAUGCCGACAACCUUCAAUUCGAGGAUUCUCUGGAGGAUAACGCCGACAUCUCGGACAGCGAAACGGAUUCCAUUCUGAGCUUCUGCAAAGAACUGGACGAGGACGAGGCCAACGAUGCCUUGCUUAGUGGUAUGGUGAGUUUCGCAGGCGGAAAACCGAAAGCUGUGGAUGAAGUGGAGGCAGAAGAUGUGGAUCAACGGGACAUGGGCAUGAACAAGGGGGAUGAGGCAGCUGCCACGGACACGGAGACCGUGAUGAACUUCGAUGCGCAGAGCCUGAGCUCCUUUGGCAGUUGCACGCCCACGGUGACGCAGCGCGGCGAGGCCGUCGACAACUUGGACAAUAUCAGCGGCAGGACAUUCUUCAAGCAGGACGAGCUGGACAGCAUCAGCAGCAAGACCUUCUUCAAGGAGGACAAUCUGGACAAGCUGGAUGCGCUGAGCAGCAGGACCUUCCACAAGCAGGCCUCCUUGAAGGACAAGAGGAAGCACACGCCCUCGUACCACGAGGCGGAUCUGGGCCAGAUGUCCAGUCGCACAUACGACCUUAGCAACUCGGGCAGCAACCGCAUCCACGACGGCUCCUCGAUGUCCACCUGCAGCUGGUCGGACAUGUACCGCGGUGCCCUGCAGCCCGCCGAUGGACGCAGCCGAGUGGUGCCCUCUCUGAGCCUGGCCAGCGCCAACUCGAACUCGUCCACGUACUGCAAGCAGCUGGAGGAGACCAAGGAGCGCCAGGGCUUUGAGGAGUGGAAGGCACAGAAGGAGGCCCAGAAGCAGAAGAAUCUGCUGGCCGCCAAGCAGGAGCGCAAGAAGCGGGAGGCGGAGGCGGCACUGCAACAGGUGCGUGCCCAGGAACGCUUCGAGGAGUGGCGACGCCGCAAGGAGCAGCAGCAGCAGCAACAACAGCAAAAGCAGAAGAAGGCUUCCGCCGCCAGUGCGCCAGGUUCGGGCUCCGUUUCCGGCUCCAGUGCCGGUCCUGCCAGAAAGGUCCUGCCGCCGGAGCUAACACAGAAGCGGCUGCAGGAGUGGGAGCGCGUCAAGAAGGAGCAGCAGCAGUUGGAAAGGGAACGCCUGCGCAGACUGCAGAGCAACAAGCAGAAGCUGGAGGACGAACGGCGACAGCGCUCCCAGGGCGCCUGGCAAAACUGGAUGAAGCACGUGGACAAGCGGCCCAAGCCGGUGCCCCUCAACCAGGGCUUCGACACGCUGCGCGGCACCAUUUCCAACAUCUACAUUAACCCAGUGCAGUGGGUGUCCAACAUCGAUCCCCAGGAUGCGGGGCGCAGUCGUUAGAGUUCCUUGGAACAUUCUCUCACAUUCGUUAGUCCAUCGCCAAGUGCAUGCAACAUCUAUGGAGACAGGAGGAGAUAGCCUCGGUUGCUGGGCCAGCAAAAUGAAUUUCAUUCUACUACACAUUCUACACGACUUUUGAUUAGUGGCGGUGGAUCCCACUUUGUUUUACCUUCUCAAGUUACUCAAUAAACUCAGUAAACAAGA